AUGUCAGUUGAGAUCAUGUGUUUGCUGUUAUUUAAUGUUCAAUGAUGUCAGAGAUUUGGGUGCUACAGACAGUAGAACUUUCAGAGCCUUGCUCACUCUCCCUCUUUCCCACCCCUCUCUUCAUCCUUAUCUCACUCUCCCUCUUUCCCACCCCUCUCACUUCAUCCCUCCCUCCAUCUCUCUCUUUCACAGCCAUCCUGACCUCCUGUGACUUUAACCAGGAAAGUGCGCCGUUCUGUCAAUUCCAGCAGGACAGCAUGGAUAACAGUGAUUGGACAAGACAUAAAGGUGCCACCCCUACACCUGGAACAGGACCCCCCUGGGGACUACCCUGAUGGAAGUGAGUAGUGUUUCACCUUAAAACGCCCACCUGAAACAUUAGACCAUUCAAUGAUUGGUUCCCUCUUCUAUCCAUGUAAUGGAAAGACAAUGAGCUCCUUUGAGAUUAUCUACCUACCUGUGGUCAUAUCUCAUAUUGCCCGUCCAAGAUCAAAUAGAAUGCCACGGUCCACGAGUCAUGCUACGAGUCAUGGUAGCCUGGAUGCCAGUCAGUUUCUGUUGUCUUUGUUGUCACUAUCGAGACAAGUGUGUCCUGAGAAGACACAAGAGGCUUUGUCCAAAAUGGCACCGCUUGGCUCUGGUCAGAAAUAGUAGACUAUAUAGGGAAUAAGGUGCCUUUUCAGACACAGCCACAGUGUGGUUCAAUGCUUCUCCAUCAUCUCCAAACCCCUCUCUCUUUCUCUCUUUUCCCUCUCUCUCUCCUUUUCUAUUUCAGAUGGUUUCUACAUCUACCAUGAGUGUGACAACGUGGCCAAUGGGCAGAAGGCUCGUCUCCUCAGCCCAGCUCUCUCCUCCACCUCAACCCAGAUCUGUGUCCAGUUCCACUACUACAUGUACGGUUCAGACAACCAGAACCACCUGCGCGUGCUGGCCAAGCGGCCCAGCUCAGAGGAUAAAGUCUGGGAGAAGACAGGGAUCCAGAGCCCCUCCUGGCUUGGAGCUUCCAUUACUGUGGCCAAACCAGCAGGACAGAGCCUAAACGUGAGUGUGUGUGUGUGUGUGUGUCUGUGUGGGUGUGGGUGUCGCUGGUUCAGAUCUGGGUUCAGACCUGGGUUCAAAUACUAUUAUAAAAUCAUUUUAAAUACUUUAUCUGGGAUUGAUUGAUCUCGCCUGGCUUUAUGGACCAAGAGCAUAGUUCAAAAACUGCAACAGUAUAUAUAUAUUUUUUAUAAGGUUUAGGGAAAGUGGUUGCCUAGACACUAAUGUUUAUGUGUCAAGUUUUAACAAGUUUCACCUAAAGUUCAGAUUAGUCAGGUCACAAGUGUCCAUGUUUGUAUUCUUCAUAUUAGCUGUACAUUAUCAUAUUAACUCUGUUUACAGAUCGUGUUUGAGGCACAGCGAGGGUUCAGCGAUUCAUGUGACUCAGCCCUGGAUAAUAUUGUCAUCAGUGAGGGAGCUUGUCCUGGUACAUACCUCUUUACUCUGUCUCCCUUCUUUCUCUCUUUCUCCCUUUACCUUUAUACCUCUCUCUCUCUGUUUGUCUAUACUUCUGUUUUGAUCAAUCCCAUGUAUUUCCACAGCCUGUCUUACUGGUUGCGACUUCGACACCUUUGAUGAGCUGUGUAGCUGGGAUGCCAAAUCACCUACAAAUCCUAAACUCUUCGGCUGGGAGCAAUUCAAUGGAGGGACUGAGACCCCUGGGACUGGUCCUGAUGAUGAUUUCUCCAAACCAGGCUGUGAGUAUCAGUAUUAUAUCAUUUUCACACUACUGAGCCGAGCAGAACAUAGACAUGCUGUAGGCUACUGGACUGGCCUGGUUACACAUCCACCAUAGUUGCUGGAAUGGUACUGGAAAAGACCCUAUGAAAAGAAAAUAUAUGAGCCAGCCCAGUACAGUUUGGGUCGAUAUGACAGUGAAAAUGCUCAAAUCAUGUUAGCACUAUUAGCUUUCUGUGUCUAAUUCUGUCCUUCUAUUCCCAUAGUCGGCAGCUAUCUGCUGAUGGACUCAUUAUAUGCUGUCCCUGGAGAGAAAGUAGAGCUGUGGAGUCCCUUCACCUCCACCGGCUCCUCUGGCUGUCUGAACCUCACCUUCCAUUACUACAUGUGGGGAACUGCCACCACAAUGAAGCUCCAAGUGCACGCUGUGACCUCAGGUAAGACCCAACAAGCCUACUGAAGGCAAGAUAAUAGAGGGCUUGCAGUCGCGUCACAAAUCACCUAGCAACCGCACCAGGCGCCAUGUUGGAAGACUGAAGUCGGGUGGCAGGUAGCCUAACGGUUAAGAGCGUUGGGCCAGUAACCCAAAUGUCGCUGGUUCGAAUCCCCGAGCUAGAAUAAGGUUCAAAACAAAGAGAGUCGCACACUCCAUAUGUAUAACCUCCCAGUAAUUUAUUGGGUAUAUCCUUGUUUACCAUGGAUUAUAUGUGUACCUAUGUUAGCACAUUAAAAGUCACACACAAUGUAUAAACCUAUUACAGCUGGAGCAGGCCAACCCUGCUGGGUGUGCAUGCUUCUGUUCCAGCCCAGCACUAACACACCUGAUUCAAUGUAUCAAACCUAAUUAGUUAAUAAUCAAGUGUGCUAUUGCUGGGCUGGAACAGAAGUCUGCUACCCCCGUAGAUCAGGGAUCAUUGGAGUGAGGUUGGCAACCUCAGGUAUGAACUUUUUUUUGUUCACCUGAAAUUAUGCUUUAGUAAUAAUAGCCUACUUGUUACUAAAAUGUCUAACCUUUACAGAUGAGUUAGCUUACUUGUACACUUUGAAAUAAUUUGAAAUAGUGUUGAUUCUUUGAAGUUAAGUUUAAACUUGUUUUCAUUGUUAACUUAACUAUUAUUCAAGAUGAACUAGUGUCGAUGUUGAUUAAUCACAGAUCACAAUCCUGCAAUAAAGAGGGGAAGGGAAUCUGUCUCUAAUUUGUCUGUUUGUGUUGUAUUCUCAAAUGAACAUGACCUUUUUGUUCAGUCAUAAGCUCUCCAAUUAGGUUUAUUUGAUUGUCACUAUUUUUUCAGGAUAUCAGCCAUGCGAACCCAUUUUGCAGCUGAAAAUGGCAUGCAAUGCCAAUGCAGACAUAGGCCUACAGCAGCGGCUCCCAAACUCCAGUGCAUAAGUACCCCCAUCAGCACACAUUUAUGUUGUAGCCAUGGACAAACAGAGCUGAUUCAACUCAGAGGACCUGGUGAUUAGUUGACAAGUUGAAUCAGGUGUGUUUGUCUGGGGCUACAAUAAACUGUACUGUUUGGGGUACUCAAGGACCGGAGUUGGGAACCACUGGCCUACAGUAUGAUGGCAUUAGCCUUAUGGGCAUUUGCAAUGCACCCCCCUUGACAUUGUGCAUCUGAAGCAGAGAAUAGCUUAACUCACACAUUGUUUACAUAUUGUUCAGCUAUAUGUUCUCAACCUAAAAACGAUUCGUUUUAGUUUUAGGCACUGUUAUCAUGCCGUUUGGGGUAGCCACUCAGCUGUUGUUGUCAGAAGAAUUAAUGCGGUGGUCUUCCAACAUGGCCGCCAAGAGGCGUCGUACGUCAACUGCAAGCCCUCUAUAGUCUAGUGUCUAGACAAUGCUAAGAUAGAGUAUCACUACCACAGGAGGUUGGUGGCACCUUAAUUGGGGAGGACAGGCUCGUGGUAAUGGCUGGAGCGGAUUAGUGGAAUAGUGUCAAAUACAUCAAACACAUGGUUUCCAUGUGUUUGAUGCCAUUCCAUUGGCUCCGUUCCAGCCAUUAUUAUGAGCCGUCCUCCCCUCAGCAGCCUCCACUGAUCACCACUGCAUUUUUAAUUAUCUUCCUCUCGCUCUACCUUUCUCCAUAAACUCUGACCCCCUCUUCACAUCACCUCUCACGCCCAGGAGGAAACCUUGGAGCCCCCAUCUUCUCCUUGACAGGGAACCAGGGCCAGAGCUGGAAGCCUGCAGAGAUACGCUACCUCGGCUCAGCUAACAUGCAGGUAAACCAAGUAGGGCUUUAUUCUUUAUUUGGAUCACCAUAAAAUGGCGCCUUGGAGACCGCUAGUCUUCCUGGGAUCCCAAAUUAACAUUAGAACAGGGGGGAGAGACCAAAAAGGCUUUGCUUUUAAAGGCUCUUUGAUAUCAACCUUGAAUCUGAUUUUCAACCCUUCCUCCUAGAAGCACAAAUGUGAUUGUAUAUUGUGA